AUGACAUCUAAAACUUGUCCUAUUACCUGCCUUCCUGUACCCGCUGGCCAAAGUCCGCCGCCGCGGCAGGAGAUCACGGCUUGGUGUAGCAAGGCUGAUAACGCGAUCCAGGUGUCACUAUUCAUACAAGCUCUGAACAUCUUCCAAGCCAUUGACCCAUCUGACAAAUAUCCCACUACCAAGUGGGCCUACGUCGCCCUUUUCGAGCAGUUGCUCAGCGGGAUCAUGACAGACCAGAUCCUCCCCACUAUUGCGAAUAAGAUCGUGCACGACGUAUGGGCCUUGGAAAUUCGGCGUUGGCGCCUGCCUUACUGGGACUGGGCCACGCCCCAGGACUACAUCAAAUCAUGCGGAGUGCCCGAGAUCGUCCUGCAAAGAUUAUCGAAUCCCUUGUAUAAGUUCACAGCUGCAGUCAUUAGUAAAUUCAAGGGAGCUUCACCUACCAUGGGCGAUUCAACAGCGUUUGGCAAGUGGGCAGUCCUGGGUGAUGAUCCGUUCUCUGCUUGCUCGGGAACCAGCCGGUAUGGGAUCACCAACAAUGACACUCCGACACCGCAAGAAGCUUUGGGCGUUGAGAACAACGGCUCAGUUGCCAACGCUCUCGACAUACCUCAAUGGGUUAAGAUGGAGUUGAAAACUGGGAAAAACCUAGAUCCCAACAUGAAAGGCUCUCUUCAAGACCAGGUCCAUCGCCUCUUGACUCAGGGGUACUUCUCAAACUAUGCGACUUUUGCUACUACUGAAUAUGGUGACAACGAUCUCAAACCCCCUCCUGCUACCGGUUGGUUGUCUAUCGAAUUCCUCCACAACUGCGUUCACGUCUGGACCGGUGGAGCAGAGCCUAGCCCAGGCAUAGGGCACAUGUCUGACAUCGGUGUUGCCGCGUUCGAUCCUAUUUUCUGGCUGCACCAUUGCAACGUUGACCGGCAACUGGCAAUCUUCCAGGCACUCAACCUGACGCAUUGGUUCGACGGUGGAUCCCCAACAAAAGAUGAGACAGCAGACGGUCCUCUGCACCCCUUUCAUUCUGAUACAAACGCCACCCUCGUUACCUCGAACGUCUUGAGGAAUAUCACGAGUUACGGCUAUACGUACGAUGAUCUCAACGUUCCCGUUCAAGAUCUGAAGCAAGCCAUCAACGAGAAGUAUGGGAGUCUUCGAAAGCAUCUCAAAGCGAACCCUGAUGUUGGUGGAAGGACGAAUGACUACCUCAUCAACGUCCGAUAUGACCGAUUCGCCUUGAAUGGACGGAGAUACGCCGUCCAUUUCUUCCUGAAAGGAGAUAUCCCCAGCGAGCCUUCCGAAUACAGGGCGUCGCCAAGUCAUAUUGGCAGCAUUCACACGUUCUCAACCGAGUACUGGACUGCUGGCAACAAGAACGGGGUGGACUGUCAGAACUGCCAGAGCCAGCAGGAAAGGAGAGUCAAGGCAAAGGCGCAGAUUCCAAUCACCUUGGAGCUGUUGUUCCGCGCCGUGAGCCUCGAUAAUGCGUGGUCGGAUCUGAACUAUCUCGAAGCCGAACAUAUUCAGCAGUACCUCGAGCAGCACCUGAAAUGGGUUGUGGUUGCCGUGCCUGGAGAAGUUAUCCCAACGGAUAACUUCCCUGGUCUCAAGGUCGUGGUUCACGCAGGCAAGGGCCACCACCCGGAGGACACGACUCAACCGUCCAGGUUCCACAGCUACAGGCCCAUGUGGAGCGUCACGCAUGGCAAGGCCGGUGGAGCGUGCCGCGAGGACGGUAUUGUGCACGCCGAGGAGCUUCAAGGCUAGAUCCAGGCAUCCCGGAAGACGUCGUUCCGGAACGGAUGUCUCUCGGUAGGGAUCCACUAUACCGUCGGGAGCCGGAGCGGCU